AUGUCCCAAAGUCAAGCGGGAGGCGCAUAUGGCAGCAAAGCUGCAGAUACCGACUUCAGGAAGAAAUGGGACAAGGAGGAAUAUGCUGAGAAGGCGAAGAAAAAGGACCAGGAGGAAAGGGAACGGAUGCAGGAGAACGACGAGAGGAUGAAGCAAGGAAAGAAGCCUAGAAAGGGCAAGAAGGAUGACCUCCCGAAACCAACAGAACUGAUGAAACAGCGCGAAACGCCGCUCGAGCUUGAUAAGAACUUGAAUAAGACGAUGGUCGUGCAGAAUCCGGGUGGUCGCGGUCCUGGCCAGCCUGGCUUCCACUGUGAAACGUGUAAUCGAACGUACAAGGACAGUACUGGCUACCUGGACCAUAUCAACGGCCGAGCGCAUCUACGGGCCUUGGGGCAGACGACAAAAAUAGAGAGAUCGACAGUUGCUCAAGUGCGUGCACGUAUAAUGCUUCUCCGCGAAAAGACAAAAGAUGCUGCCAACGCCAAAGCCUUUGACUUUGAUCAAAGGCUAGCAGACAUCAAGGCCAAAGAAGUGCAGGCUCGCGAAGAAAAGAAAGCACAAAAGAGAGCCGAGAAAGAGAAGGCUCGCUUAGAGUUGGCAAAGGAUGCCAUGGAACAAGACACCGAUCUAGCAACGAUGAUGGGCUUUGGUGGCUUUGGUUCAACCAAGAAAUAG